AUGCUUGAUCCAAAUAUUAUGUGGGAAAAUUGGAAAACAAUAUUUCUGUCGGUUGCAGAUUUUCAUGCACCAGAAAGAACAAAAAAAGUUAGAAGCGAGUACGCGCCAUGGAUUACAGAAAAUAUUAAACAAACUAUGCGUCGAAGAGACUUUUUAAAGAAAAAAGCAGUUAAGACAGAAUCAAAACAUUUCCAUGAUGCUUAUAAACGCACACGAAAUGAUUUGAAUAGAUUAAUUAAGAAUACAAAAGCAAUUUACUUUACAAAUACUUUAAAUGACUGUGAUAACAACCCAAAGAAAAUGUGGAAAACAAUUAAUAAACUUACAAACAAACAGUCAAAAACAACUGUUAUAUCUGAAAUCCGGAACGAUAAUCAAAAUUUGACUAAAAAAUACGAAAUUGCAGAUGCUUUAAAUUCACAUUUCAACGAAGUUUCAUCUCGUUUGGCUAACAACAUGCCACAGAGCUCAAGGACAUUUCAGUCAUACGUGACUAGGUCCGAUACACAAUUUACGAUACAAAAUGUUUCAUUAACUAAG